AUGACUGAUGUAACAACUGAGUUUUCUCCAAUUAUUACAAGUAUUUUAUCAUCAACAAUAAGUUUACUUUCUACAAAUUCGUCUGUAAAUGCAACAAUAGUUGCUGCGAGUGUUAGUAGUUCAGUACCUAUUUGGGCUGGUUUUAUUGGAUGUUUAGUAGCAUCGAUAUUUUUUGGUUCAAAUCUUGUACCUGUAAAACAAUUUUCUGCAGGUGAUGGAGUUUUUUUUCAAUUUGUUUUCUGUGUUGCUGUUUAUCUUGUUGGUCUCAUUCUUGAUCUGAUUCUAAAUAAUCAACGUUGGUAUCCACUUGUACUUAUUGGAGGUGUUUUAUGGACAACAGGAAAUCUUGUAACAGUAUUUUGUAUAAAAACAAUUGGUAUGUCUGUUGGUAUACUUAUUUGGGGAACAACAAGUUUAAUAAUGGGUUGGGCUAGUGGUCGUUUUGGUCUAUUUGAUGUUAAUCCUCAAGUACCACGUACAACAACAAAAUUAAUUUUAAAUUAUGCAUCGGUUAUAUUAGCUGCUAUUAGUGCUAUAUUUUUUCUUUUUAUUAAAUCAACAAAUGCACCACGUGUUAUAGCUCAUGUUGAUGUUACAAAUCCUGAACAAGUAUCAUCAAUUGAAAUAGUUAAAACAGAAAAUGUAAUUAUGGAAACUGAAAAAAUACUUGAUACAGAUUUUCCAUUUUUGAAUCGAAUGAGUCCUGCAUUACAAAAACUAUUAGGUUAUUUUUUAGCUGCUUUAGCGGGAAUAUUUUAUGGUCUCAUGUUUAUUCCUGAUCAGUAUAUUCGUGAUCAUCCAGAAAAAUUUAAAUAUAACGAAGAAUUACCACCGAAUAAUGGUCUUUAUUAUAUUAAUUCACAAUAUGCUGGUCUUCUGAUGUCAUCCGCAGUCUAUUUUAUGCUUUAUUGUGGAUUGAAACGUAAUAGUCCAGGAAUUAAUCCAGCUGUUGCUCUACCAGCUAUGAUUAGUGGAUUCAUGUGGGCUGUAGCAAAUAUUGGAUUUAUUGUUGCUAUUAGUGCAUUAAAAAGUGCUGUAGCUUAUCCAAUUGUAAGUGUUUUACCAGGUAUUGUAUCAAGUCUAUGGUCAUUAUUUUGGUUUAAAGAAAUUCAAGGAAAAAGAAAUUAUAUAUUACUUGGUUGUGGUAUGCUUGUACGUUGUCUUGCUGCUCUUUUCAGUGGUCUUUCAGCUUAA